CCGUUUUUCUUUCAGAACAAUUAGAUUGGAAAAAAAGAACUAUUAGAAAUGAAAUAUACUUUACAUAUAACAUAUCCUAAUAUUGUGGUUGGAGUUUCUUAUUAAAAAUUUAGGACCAGUCAUGACGUCAGGAUAUUUCAUUCCGGUAGCUGUUUUGUUCAUUUUACAAAAUGUUGGCGGCACAGAUGUUCCAUGUCUUCCAUGCUCAUGCAUCGAAAAUGAAAAGAAAGAGCUUUUUGUGAACUGUUCGAAUAAAAGCGUAACCGACAUCCCUAGCUUUGAUCACAUAAAAAGGAAUUCAGUCAUUAGUUUAAAUAUGUCAGUAAAUGUUCUCGAGGACUUGACGAGGAGUACUGUAUCGCCUUUCCUGGAAUUUAACCGAUUAAAGUCACUGGACUUAUACUUCACUGGUUUAGGACAAUUUAACUACAGUACAUUGACUUCUGACACAUUUAAAGGCUUGUCAAAUUUGACACAUCUUAACCUUUCUAGAAACAGUCGGUCCCCAUUUACUGGUGGAACAGAUGAAAAUAUAUUUUCUCCUUUAGUAUCCUUGCAAAGCCUACUCAUGUAUCAAACGACCGGGACUUUCAAUGAAUGGAAGGGGUAUGCGGAAAAGGCAAUAGCCAAACUGACAAACCUAGAAGAAUUAUGGCUCGACGGUUUUCCUAAGGUUGUAUUUGGGGAGGUGUUUCGAAACCUAACCAGCCUAAAAACACUGAAAAUAUCCGGGGAAAAGGUCGACCCACCUUGGUUAUUUAAUGAGUUUUGUAUGAUCGGUGUUAUUGGAAAGAACUCUCUAUCUAAUCUCAUCAAUGUGAAGAGACUGAUCAUCUCCAACUGUGGAUUGAAAGAAAUUCAUCCCGAUGCCUUUUCGGACUUUACACAAAGAUUGGAACUGUUGGAUUUUUCAUAUAAUGUCGAGCUCGGUAUAACGAAUGUUACAACCAGUCUUAAAAGCUUAAAAAGUGGUUUGGAUGAGCUUAUUAUUGAUAAUUUAGUAAAUACUUAUUCUCUUAGCUGCGACCUCGAACUAAAAGAAGAAAUGGCGAAAAAUCUGGCGCACUUGAAUCUAAAGAAAAUAUCAAUGCGACUAAACAAAAUCAAAUCAGUUCAUGAAAAAUUGUUCCAAUUAUUACCAUCUAUUGAAAGAGCAGAUUUAUCUUGUAACAGAUUUGACAUGGGGUUUUACAUAUUCUACGCGCAAUACAUGAAAAACCUGACACGCCUCGAUUUAACAUACAAUUUUUUCGAUUUGGAUUUCAGCUUUUGGAAGCACAUAGGUAAACAAAAACAUGCGUUUGGUGACAACGAGAAGACCAAAUACAAACAGUACAUACAUGACAUGUUCUUCAGAGCCGAGAGCAGAAUGACGGAUGCUUUAAAACCUGUUUAUAAGAGUCGCAAUUUGCUCAGUAAUGACGAUCGUUGCCCCAAGAGUUCUUAUCAUGUUCCACCCGCUGCAUGUACCGGACUUUUACCACCAAAAAUGGAAGAAAUCGACAUAAGCUACAGCAAAUUGGCAUUGCCUCUCUAUGAGUUUUAUGUUCACAAGAACAACAGUCUUAAAACUGUUAGGGCGGCAGGGUGCAUGUUAUACUGCUGGGAAGGACCAAUUCAUGGCGUAGAAAUCAUUGAAAAUAUCGAUUUGAGCUUAAACUUUUGUGAUCAUGUCAAACUUGAUUUUUUUAAGGGAUUUAAAACUGUAAAGUACCUGAAUUUAUCGAAUAAUUUCAUUUCCGUCUCAAUUGCAAAUAAAACGCUUUUUGAACACAAUCAUGAAAUAGAAGUACUUGACCUUUCAAACAAUAAGAUAUCUUUGAUCAAACCCGGUUUGUUUAAAAAUCAAUUCAAUUUGAAGUAUUUGAGUCUUUGCAACAAUAACAUGAUGGAUUUUGAAAUAAAUAUAUCCCAUCUAGCAAAACUUGAGUAUUUAGGCCUCAGCAACAAUCAUAUUCUUACAUUAUCAGAGGGCUUGUGGAAAGAGUAUCUUCCUAAUAUCCUUAGCCGACAAGAAAAUAAAACUUUAACAAUAGAUCUUAGACAUAACCCGAUUGAGUGUAAGUGUGAAAAUCUAGACUUUCUGAAAUGGAUUCAUUCCAAUAUGGACAACGGUUCCAAACUGUAUGUACGUGUGUCGUAUUGCAUUAAUACAAUCCAUUCUAAAGAUAGUGUAAACAUUACUGAGAAAAACCAGUUGAACACCCAGAUAGAAUAUCUUGAAAAGGUUUGCGCAUCAUAUACACAUCUCAUUAUUGGUCUUAGUGUGGUUAUUGCUAUUGCUGUGAACAUUAUUGUUGCUGUCAUUGUACAUAGAUUCAGAUGGAGAAUUCGAUAUUGGUUCUACGUGAGCUGGAACAAAGCGGAAUCCAGAAAAGGUUAUACGUCACUUGAUCACCGCGGUCCUUUCAUGUUCGGUUACAAGUACCAUGUUUACGUUGCAUCGUUUGAAGAAGACAAGGAGUUUCUUAUGAAUCAUCUUGCCCCAAAUCUUCGCGAAAAAGGCUACAAACUUUUCCUGCAAGAUGAUGAUAUCCUUCCUGGGCAAAACUUGUGCAAUGUGAUCGGAAACGCACUUCACGUCAGUCGAACGUUGCUUUGCGUAGUCUCUAGAAAUAGCUGUCUUAGCACAGUGGAGUGGAAGGUCCUGAUUCACAUGGCACACGAAGAAAGGAACCAACGGGGAAAACGCAUGUGUAUGACUGUGGUUUUAAAUACAACUAACUGGUCAGUGUCUUUGCCAAGGUCAUUAAAGGAACUAUGUGUUUCGGAGGUAAUCGACUAUCCUGAAAAUGAAGACGAUCAGCCGUCAUUCUGGAAUGAUUUGACGGUAAAGCUGGACGAGGUUGACAAUACACCUGUUUAUAUGUAGAGACAUAUUUUUGAAAAAGUGUUACAUGCCGCGUUGACUUAAAGCAAAUACUUGUGUAAUACUGAUUAUGUUUUGAUUUGGAAAAUGUUAGCAAAAGUGUAUAUCAAUAUAUAUCCGAUAAUAGCUAGUUACCAUUGGAUCAUUUCAAUGUGCAAACUAGAUUAAGGUCGACCUGUUGAAAACCAUUCCAAUUUGAAUACAAUUAGCUGCUAAUAUAUAUUAUGCAUUGCAUUAUUUCAACUGUGUAUUUGUACAUAUUGCCUUUUUUUGUUUUCUAUAUAAACGGUAAAAAGCGUAUACAAAAAAGUGAAUAAAGUUACUUUAGAUCUUUA